AGUGUGUCUGCUUUAAUCGAUUAGAAAUGGAAAGUUCUGGUCUGCUGGUUUCAAUCAAACGGAAAACAUUUAAAUAUCCAAAAGCUUAGUUUGUGUUUAUAUAUAAUUUACGUCUUAAUGUUCCUAUAUACGGUUGGCAGAUAAUUGAAAAAAAAAAGAAGGAAAAUCAAGUGACGAGUCUUUGAAGAAUCGAUUGACGAUAACAGUCGUCGGUUGAUUUUAAAUGCCUUGAUUUUGAACUGGGAGUACCGAAUAUCCGAGAUCUCUUGACAUGUGAGACAGACUUUUAUUGACAUUUGGAUAUUCACUCAUUGGAACUCAUCGGGGAGGGAUAUAUUUACACGGACAGCCAUGGGAAUUUGGUUUUAUUAGUGAGAGGUCGGUCAAAAGAACACAACCAAGAUGCAGUGAUGACCCAGGUUGCUCCAGCCGACGGUGAACACCCUCCCUCUUACAAUGAAGUGGCUGGACGCUCUGAAACACCCAGUAACUCAUUUCCCACCACGGGUAUCGGAGGUGUGUGGUUCACCCCUAACGGAGGAGGACCCCCUAACCCACCCCCUUACACCGACACUCUCCCUGGAUAUAACGACAGGUUUAUAAGCCCACGUGAUCUUCAGAAGUAUUACCGGUCCCAAGACUUGGCUCGUCAGCGCAUCCGUAGACAGAGGGAUCUUGCAACAGUGCGAUCCAGAACUGCAAAUAGUAAAACCAUCAUAAUUGUUUUUUGUGUUCUGACAAUUUCCCUUCUAAUUGGUCUCAUUAUAGGACUUAGUUUUAUGUUAGCUGAACGAACUUAGCCCAACGAAUGCAAGCUGUUUGACAAUCAUUAGAAAUUGCGCAAGGAAUCCCAUUUCUGAAAACCCACUAGUGAACUCAUCAAUAGUAAUGACUAAUUUGAUAUGAUUUAGCAGAUGUGGAAACUGGUGGUGAAUAUAUAUGACCUAUUAAUGGACGCUGGGAAAGGUUUAAUGCAUCCUGUUGGAUCGAUGAUAGCAGUUGACGUCGAUCGGAAUACCAGAUUACAUAACACUAGACGAAAAUGUCUUCAUCACACAUUCGAGACUGUCCCUCUUUUAAAUAUUGUUAAGUCUGGAAUAUAAUAGGUACAAACCUUAUAUCUUACCUAAAGAAUAUAAAAAUCUACCGCUAUUACAACAUCUUGGAUACAUUGAUAUUUUUUCUUUCAAGAAUUUGUCAUGAUAAUAUACAAGUAGGUAAUCAAAGAAAGAAUGAAAGUUAAUUUGAUUCUAUGUCUCUUCUCUUAAACAUCCUAUAACUUAAAAGUGUUAGUAAGGUUUUGAAUAACCAACUUUUAAAACAAAAUUAAAUACACGAAAUUCAAUGUUUAAAGUUAAUUAAUGCCUAUUAUUUAGAGACAUUAAUUGGAAUUUCGACGAAAACCAUUGGAGCCUAUGCGCUGAAUUUUCGGUCGAUUUCUAUCUUCAAUAGAAAUAAAAUAUUUUUUUCUUAGUUGCAGAAUAUCACCCAUGCAAGGAUUGAACAAUAAUAGAACAUUCUUACGAACAUAUACCUUAGUCGAUGAAUAAAUGAAUGAAUUUUGAUGCGACCCUUUGUUAUCCAUACGCAGUUUACUUACACAUGUUAUUUUGCUAAAGCUAUGAAACCAUAGAGCAGGUAUAAUUAACCAAAUGAAUUUUACACUUAGUAUGCUUAAAUUUACGAAGUUGACGAUUAGAGUCGUUAAAUUGGCCGUGGAGACGCUGGCAUAUACAAUGUAUAUGUUCAAUCGGGACUCAAAAUUUAUAGAGAUAUAUACGAGUCCUUUAUUAGUUAUUUGUUGUUAAUGUUGGUACAUGUACGCGUAUAUGAAGUCUUAUUGAGGUUGUUUUCCCCUAAUAGGCUGAAAUAUUUUAAUAUAUGAUGUACAUAUGCAUUAAACAUUUUAAUGAUUUUGUAAAAUGUAUGAAGAACUGUUGAUGCAUUACUUAAUCUAUCUGUGAUAUCCAUUUCUAAAUGUUAUGAUACCUUGCAAGCCGUUUUGUGGUAAACUGGUUUUUUUUUUGUGAUCAACAAUUUGUUUACUGUGUAACUAUGUUUUUAUGAUGUAUUUAUAUGAAUUUGUUAAUCUUGUUUUCAUUAAUUAAAGUUAAGAAUAUAUCUUACAA